AUGUGGAGUACAGCGCGAGUGAGAGCGUCUGGGCCGAAGCAGUGUUGCGUCGACGGGGAGCUCGGGGGCGUGAGGUGCAUCGGCCGGGCGGACGAGGGUCAUUCCUGCAGUAAGUGGAUUCCACCAUACUGCGUCUACAUUUCACCCGCUAUGGAUUCUGCUAUGGAUUCUCUAAACUCGCUCGCUCGCAGGGACGGACGUGCCGUGUGGGUGCGUGGAAGGCUUGGAGUGCGUGCAGGUGAGCAAGAAGUACAAGAUACCGGGCGUGUGCCAGGUUCCGAAGGCAAAGGCGAGCCCGUCGGGGGGUGGGGGUCAGUAGGCAGGACCUUUCACAACGUAGGGAUUUCCAGAUCUUGA